AUGUUCGCCAAACCAAGACCGAAAAAGAGUCCCUUGCCGCCGCCUAACAAGAAGAGAAAACUGGCGUCGGCCAUUGACGAAAUAUCAUUCGACGACAGCGCUCGCCAAGAGUUUCUAACUGGGUUUCACAAGCGAAAGCAGCAAAGAAUAAAGCAUGCGCAGGAAGAGGCUGCGAAAAGAGCGCGCCAGGAAAAGUUGGAAACGCGGAGAAAGGCGAGGGAAGAGAGACGGAGAGAAGUCGCGGAACACGUCGAAACUGUAAACAAACUUCUACGCGAAUCCGGGGCAGUGACCUCACAAGUGGGGGAAGAUGAUUCCGAGGAAGACGUUGCCGACCAGUGGAAUGGUUUCCCGGACGAACCUGACCUCGAGAUCGUCGACCACGAAGAAGAGUACGUCGAUGAGGACCGAUAUACUACGGUCAAAAUUGAAUCAGUAGCCGUUUCCAGGGAUGGACUCUGUAAGCCAGACCAAUUUGAAAAUGAGGCAGAAGAGGAAGCGCGCAGGAAACGAGAGGCUGCCGAGAAGGCUGAGGCUGAGGCGAAACUUCAGAAAUCGUCCAGGCCGAAGAAAAAGAGAAAGAAGUUCACGUACGAGUCAAAGGCAGAGAGGCAGUUGACAGACAGGAAGCGGAAGAUGAAAUCACGUUAA